GCCCCUGAACACAGGUUCAAUACUGCGCACAGGGGCAGGCGAUCAGGUUGCACCACCUCUCAUAGGAGCUUAGAGAACUCGUAAACAACAAAAAGCCUACCUUCUCCGAUUUACCCACAGUCCCUCCUGGUUUAGUCUGCAUUCACUGAGUAGAAAUCAUGUCCACCACCUGUGAUGCCACGUCGGGUUGCCCGAUACCGAGCCGCUCUUCACUGCCACACUGCUGGUCCUCUCUGCACGACUCGUACAGCCAGACCCCGGGCGGCACCGUGUUCUCCACCACCCCUGGAGGGACCAGAAUCAUCUACGAUAGGAAGUUUCUUCUGGAAUGCCGCAACUCGCCGAUUGCACAGACUCCACCAUGCUGUCUUCCUCACAUUCCAGGUGUCACCAUGCCAUCUGCACACCCACUGGACAAACUGUCUGAGCAGGAUGACCACAAAGACCUCCCCUCUGAUGACAAUCAGUUCAUCCUGGACAUCUGAGAGUGCAAAACAGCUCCUGUGGAGAAUUUGUUGUGGUGUUGUUCUCCUGGUGUGAAAAACCAUUGGGAUUUUUUUUUUGGUAAACCAACCAUGUUGCAAAGUAUUAAAGAAAGAAGAACUUUGAAAGUUAAAGUGCUUUAUUUCAUUGCAACUUCCCACUUGUCUUAAAGAUAGACAGAAGAAUGUAAUAAUUUUUUAUACUGGAUAUUUUCCAAUAAAGAAUUUUUAUUAUA